AUGAGGCAAAACGGGAGAAAUGUCCUGCAUAUGGCCAGCAGUGUCACAGGUGCAACAAAUGGAACCACUUCCAAAAAUGCUGUAAAUCGUACACGGAAUUUAAAGAAGGAUGUGAAUCAAAUUGAGGUUGCCAGAGCUUCAAACAGAAGUGAAGACUCAUUUUUUAUAGAUGGAGUUUCCUUAAAUCACCAGAAGGUGGCAGAAAUUGACACAAAACAGUCAAAGAAAACUGCAAUAUCUUGCACAGUCCAAACAAAUGGAAAGCCUCUCGAACUAAAGAUAGACACAGGAGCCUCAUGCAACAUCAUGUCCAAGCAGACAUUUGCACAGGUAAAGCAAGAAGAGAAUCUUCAGUUGUCAAGCCAUGUAACGCUUGUUGCGUAUGGUGGAGAGGAGAUUCAAACUGUGGGCUCAACUGUGUUAUCAUGCAACCUGAGUGACCAGAACUAUUCUCUACAGUUCUACGUGGUGGAAAAAAAUGUACAGUCAUUGCUUGGGCUUUAUGACUGUCUUCGGAUGGGCCUCAUUUCCCUCAAUAAUGCUGUGCACGAGAUAAGUUUAAAAGAGAACUCAAGUUUUGCCAAGGAUAUUAACAAAGAAUAUGCAGAUCUUUUCCUAGAUGAAGUAGGAAGGCUUCCUGUAACAUACUGCAUGAAACUGGACAAAGAAGCUCAACCUGCCGUCCGUCCAGCACAAAGUAUUCCUGCAGCAAUGCAACACAAGGUAAAAGCAGAGUUGGAAAGAAUGGUCUCUAUCGGCGUUAUCACUCCUAUAUCUGAGCCAACCGAUUGGGUGUCAUCUAUGGUGGCCACGCACAAGAAAAACUCAGAUGAAAUAAGACUGUGCAUAGACCCCAGGGACUUAAACAAGUAUCUAAAAUGUCCACAUCACCCCAUGCGCACAGUGGAAGAAGUGGCGGCACAGAUGCCUAACUCCACUGUAUUCUCAGUACUAGAUGCAAAAAGCCCAUUUUGGCAGAUUUCACUGGAUCAUAAGUCUUCCCUAUUGACUACUUUCAGUACGCCAUUUGGAAGAUUUAGAUUUCUUCGAAUGCCCUUUGGCAUUAAUUCAGCCAGCGAGGUCUUUCAGCGUGCUAUGGAACAGAUCUUCGCCGGCUACCCGUGCGCAGUCAUAGUUGAUGACAUCAUUGUGGGGGGCAACGGUGAGCAGGAACACGAUACAAAUUUUAAGAAAGUGUUAGACCGUGCUCGUGAAGUGAACAUGAGGCUGAAUCCUCAAAAGUGCAAAUUCCGCCUAAGUGAAGUGAGCUAUGUUGGACAUAUUUUCACUAGCAAGGGACUACAACCUGACCCUGCUAAAACAAAAGCAAUCACAGAAAUGCUGCCGCCAGACAAUGUUACUGCACUGCAGCGCUUCCUGGGUAUGAUCAACUAUUUAGGAAAAUUCAUACCAAACCUCAGUGAGGUGUCUGCACCCCUGCGGGAGCUGACCUAUCUGAAGCACAGGAUUUCCAGUCCACCUACCUUGAAAUACUAUGAUGUCCAGAAACCUAUCACACUCACCUGCGACGCUUCACAGUUUGGACUCGGAGCUGCGUGUCUUCAAGAAGAUGAACCUGUCGCGUACGCUUCUCGCACUCUGACGCAAACAGAAGUGCGUUACGCGCAGAUUGAAAAAGAGCUUCUGGCUGUGGUAUUCGCAUGUACCAAAUUCAAUGACUAUAUAUAUGGUAAACAAAUUCACAUUGAAACGGAUCACCAGCCAUUGGUAACCAUCCUUAACAAGCCCAUCCACACAGCUCCAGCAAGGCUGCAACGCAUGAUGCUAAGAUUGCAGAAAUAUAACUUCACAAUCACAUAUAAGAAAGGAAAACACAUGUUCCUUGCCGACACAUUGUCACGUUCCCCCAGGAACUCACUAGACGAACACACUGAUGACAGAGCUGGCUUCGAGGUCAUGUCAAUUCAACACAUCUCGUCUAACAGACUGAAAGAGCUUCAAGCUCACACAGCACAAGAUCCGACCCUUCAACGGCUCUGCAGUAUUAUUAAGUCAGGAUGGCCCUCUAGCCAGUCAAAGCUGCCAGCAGAAAUUCGUGAGUAUUUUCCGUUCAGGGAUGAGCUCACAGUCGAUGAAGAUGUGCUCAUGAAAGGGCCGAGAACAGUUGUUCCAGAAUCACUGCGCAGCGAGUAUAUCACUAUAAUUCAUAGAGGUCACCCCGGCCUUGAUGCAACCAAACGCAGAGCACGAGGCAUUGUGUUCUGGCCUUCUUUAACCAAAGACAUUGAAAAGGAGGUACUGUCGUGCUCAGUCUGUAACAGUAUGAGGCCCCAUCAACAAAAAGAGCCUCUCCACUUACACGACAUCCCUGAACUUCCGUGGUCAAGUGUGGCUACAGAUAUCUUUGAGUGGAAUGGUCAACAUUAUCUUGUACUAGUUGACUCCUAUUCAGGAUGGUUCGAAAUUGAUAAACUUCAUGACCUGUCCUCCAGUACAGUGAUUACAAAACUCAAAAGGCACUUUGCAGUUCAUGCGAGUCCACACAUAGUCUUUUCAGACAAUGGUACCCAAUUUUCCAGCCAACGGUUCAAAGAAUUUGCUGCUGCCUGGGAUUUUAAACACACUACCAGUAGCCCUGAGUAUCCUCAAGCUAAUGGGCUAGCCGAGAGGGCAGUGCGAAGUGCAAAACAUCUAAUGGAAAAAUCCAAAAGGGAUGGCUCGGAUGUGUUUCAAAACUUGCUCAACCUCAGAAAUGUUCCACGUGACGAGACACUGGGUUCGCCAGCGGAGAGAUUAAUGUCGAGGCAGACGCGCACACCUCUGCCAAUUAGCAAGUCCAUUCUGGUGCCAUCCUCAAAGGACAACGUUGCUGUCAAGACUCAACUCUCAAAAAAGAGACACUGUCAAAAGACAUACUAUGACAAGUCCAGCAGAGCUCUCCGGCCACUUAUAAAAGGUGAGGUAGUGAGACUUGCAACUUCCAAAGGCCAUGACAGAAUCGGGCUGGUCAAACAGCUCUGUGAUGAACCAAGGUCAUAUCUUGUGGAGACUGAAGGAAAAGAAUACAGACGAAACCGAAAACAUAUCCUUCCUGUCGCGGAGCCACAACCACAGCGGUUCGAGCACAGUGAUAUGUCAUUUCCCUUUGUCCAGACCCCCUCUGUUGAAUCUAAACACAAAUACUCCACUCCAAGUGAAGUCAAAGGACAAUGCACCCCACAAGGACCUGAGAAGAAGCCACUGAAUGAAGAUUCAACAAGAACUCUUUCCACAGUUCCAUAUGUGACCAGAGCAGGUCGCCUUUGCAAACCGAACCCUAAAUACAUAGAAUGA